AUGAAUACGCCUGAAACGGGCGCACUACGCCGAAAAACGUCGCUGAACAUACGCGACACGCGAAUCGCCGGAUUAUACGAUUUGGGCAAAACGAUCGGACAAGGCCAUUUUGCCGUCGUCAAAUUGGCGAAGCAUGUUGCCGUCAAAAUCAUCGACAAGACGAAAAUCGAUGAAGCGUCGACGUCGCAUAUCAUGAAGGAAGUGAGAUGUAUGAAAUUGGUGCAACACGCCAACAUUGUGCGAUUAUACGAGGUUUUGGACACUCAGACGAAAAUUUUUCUGAUUCUCGAACUCGGCGACUACGACCUUCACGAUUUCAUCAUCAAGCACGAGAAGGGCGUGUCGGAAUCGUUGGCGCAACAAUAUUUUUGCCAAAUAAUGACCGCCAUCGAUUAUUGCCAUCAAUUGCACGUCGUUCAUCGCGAUUUGAAGCCCGAAAACGUUGUGUUCUUCGAGAAAUUGGGAAUGGUGAAGCUCACCGAUUUCGGAUUUUCGAAUUGCUAUGAGCCCGGCGAGCAGUUGAGCACCUCGUGCGGCUCAUUGGCGUAUUCGGCGCCCGAGAUUUUGCUUGGCGACUCGUACGACGCGCCCGCUGUUGAUGUGUGGUCGCUCGGCGUCAUCCUUUAUAUGCUCGUGUGCGGUCGCCUACCGUUCCAGGAGGCCAACGAUUCGGAGACGCUCACCAAAAUUCUCGAUUGUAAAUAUUCGAUACCGGAUUCGCUAUCGGCCGAUUGUAAAAACUUAAUCCAAUCAAUGUUGGUGCGCGAGCCGAAAAAUCGAGCGCAUCUCGACGCGAUUUGCUCGCAUCCGUGGGUGUUGGCCGGCGAUCGUGGAUUAUCGACGGCGAUCCCACUAAUUGUUCGCCAUCAUUUGCCGCAAUCGGCGCAUUCGACGAUUGUCGAACAAAUGGUCGCCGGCGGAAUUGCCACGGAGGAGAUGAUUUUGACCUCGCUGGAGAACGACGAGUACAAUUCGGUGACGGCGACUUACUAUCUGCUCGCCGAGCGCGUUCUCGCCUCGUAUCGCGAAGAGCAGGCAAAAGAGCUUCUCGCGAAACACGCGAGUCUCGACGAGUCGUCGGAUGUCGAGACGUCGACGACGACGGUGGCGAGAAGCGGCGGCAACGGAAGCAGCGCGAAUCCGCGUUGCCGAUCGCGCUCCAACUCGUGGCGAGCACGACCAUGCUCGAUACUCAAAGAGGAGAGCGAGGAGGAGUUGUCGAGCUAUUUGCGUUCGGCGAGCCGUCAGAGCAGCAGAUUCUACCACGAGUUUGUGAUCGCCUCGCCGCGGCGGUUAAGUCGACAAAAUUCGGAGGAGCACGACGAGACGCGACCGAUCACCUUCUUCAUACCGACGUCGUGUGCGACGUCAUCGGCGGCGGCGACGGCCGUUGGUGUCGACGAAACGCUGAGCCCGAUUGAUGAGCUUGACGCGGAGCCGACGACGGCGGCGGCGAGACGACGCGGCGAUGAGGCGACGAUGAAUCGGAAGGCGAGCGAUAGUUGUUUGCAUGCCGCACACCAACUUGCACGCUCAUCGUCUGUCAAACGGUUGUUGAGAAGAAAUCUCGAGCAUAGAGUACUGUAG